AUGGCCUGCAGCAAUGCUAUACGAGUCGCGUCCACACUUGUUAUGAGAUCAUGUGUCUUCUCAAAUGGAGGUGAAGUCACAAAUGGAGGUGGAGUUACAAGAACACUAGAAGAAACUGGAGAG